GCCAUCUUCUCGCCGAGGCCGCCUCGCCCGCCGCGCGCAACCGUCCGGCAGCGCACGGGUUAAGGCUGGCACCGCGCCCGGCGGGAGGGGGCCGCCCACCUCCCCUCCUCCCCGCGCCGGGCAUGCGGGGCCCGCUGGGCACCGAGGAGGAGCUGCCGCGGCUGUUCACCGAGGAGAUGGAGAACGAGGGCGAGAUGUCAGAAGAAGAAGAUGGUGGUCUCGAAGCCUUCGAUGACUUUUUUCCUGUGGAGCCCGUAAGCCUUCCCAAGAAGAAGAAGUCCAAGAAGCUCAAGGAGAACAAGUCCAAAGGGAAGCGGAAAAAGAAAGAGGGGAGCAAUGACGAGCUGUCAGAAAAUGAAGAGGAUCUGGAGGAGAAGUCGGACAGCGAAGGUAGUGACUACUCUCCUAAUAAAAAGAAGAAGAAGAAACUCAAGGACAAGAAGGAGAAAAAAGCCAAGCGCAAAAAGAAGGAGGAAGAGGAGGAUGAUAAUGACGAUGGAUGCUUAAAGCAGGAGCCCAAGUCGUCAAGGCAGCUCAUGGCAGAGUGGGGCCUGGAUGAUGUGGACUACCUGUUUUCGGAGGAGGACUACCACACGCUGACCAACUACAAGGCCUUCAGCCAGUUCCUUAGGCCACUCAUCGCUAAGAAGAACCCGAAGAUCCCCAUGUCCAAAAUGAUGACAGUCCUGGGUGCCAAGUGGCGGGAGUUCAGUGCCAACAACCCCUUCAAGGGCAGCUCAGCGGCCGCAGCUGCCGCGGCAGUUGCUGCAGCUGUAGAGACGGUCACCAUCGCCUCUCCUCUGGCUGUCAGCCCCCAGCAGGCACCCCAGCCUGUGCCUGUCCGCAAGGCCAAGACCAAAGAGGGCAAGGGUCCUGGAGUGAGGAAGAAGAUCAAAGGCGCCAAAGAUGGGAAGAAAAAGGGCAAGGGGAAAAAGGUGGCUGGGCUCAAGUUCCGCUUUGGAGGGAUCAGCAGCAAGAGGAAGAAAGGCUCCUCGAGUGAGGAGGACGAGCGGGAGGAGUCGGACUUCGACAGCGCCAGCAUCCACAGCUCCUCCAUGCGCUCUGAGUGCUCCGCAGCCCUGGGCAAGAAGAGCAAGAGGCGGCGCAAGAAGAGGAGGAUUGAUGAUGGUGAUGGCUACGAGACGGACCACCAGGACUACUGUGAGGUGUGCCAGCAGGGAGGUGAGAUCAUCUUGUGUGACACCUGCCCACGGGCCUACCAUCUCGUCUGCCUCGACCCAGAGUUGGAGAAGGCUCCCGAGGGCAAGUGGAGCUGCCCGCACUGCGAGAAGGAGGGGAUCCAGUGGGAGCCUAAGGAGGACGACGAGGAGGAGGAGGAGGGCGGCUGUGAGGAGGAGGAGGACGACCACAUGGAGUUCUGCCGCGUGUGCAAGGACGGUGGUGAGCUGCUGUGCUGCGAUGCCUGCCCAUCCUCUUACCAUCUGCACUGCCUCAACCCGCCGCUAUCCGAGAUCCCAAACGGUGAAUGGCUCUGCCCGCGCUGUACUUGCCCCCCACUGAAGGGCAAAGUCCAACGGAUUCUACACUGGAAGUGGACGGAGCCCCCAGCCCCUUUUAUGGUGGGGCUGCCAGGACCUGAGGUGGAGCCGGGCAUACCACCGCCCAAGCCCCUAGAGGGCAUCCCGGAAAGAGAGUUCUUUGUCAAGUGGGCUGGGCUCUCCUACUGGCACUGCUCCUGGGUGAAGGAGCUGCAGCUGGAGCUGUACCACACGGUGAUGUACCGCAACUAUCAAAGGAAGAACGACAUGGACGAGCCGCCGCCCUUCGACUACGGCUCUGGUGAUGAGGACGGCAAGAGCGAGAAGAGGAAGAACAAAGACCCCCUCUAUGCCAAGAUGGAGGAGCGCUUCUACCGCUACGGCAUCAAGCCGGAGUGGAUGAUGAUCCACCGUAUCCUGAACCACAGCUUUGAUAAGAAGGGGGACGUGCACUACCUGAUCAAGUGGAAAGACCUGCCCUAUGACCAGUGCACGUGGGAGAUUGAUGACAUUGACAUCCCCUACUACGACAACCUGAAGCAGGCCUACUGGGGCCACAGGGAGCUGAUGUUGGGGGAGGACACUAGGCUGCCCAAGAGGCUGAUCAAGAAGGGCAAGAAGCUGCGGGACGACAAGCAGGAGAAGCCGCCAGACACACCCAUUGUGGAUCCUACAGUCAAGUUUGACAAGCAGCCAUGGUACAUCGACUCUACCGGGGGCACGUUGCACCCGUACCAGCUGGAGGGCCUCAACUGGCUGCGCUUCUCUUGGGCCCAGGGCACUGACACCAUCUUGGCUGACGAGAUGGGUCUGGGCAAGACAGUGCAGACCAUUGUCUUUCUCUACUCCCUGUACAAGGAGGGCCAUUCCAAGGGGCCCUACCUGGUCAGUGCCCCCCUCUCCACUAUCAUCAACUGGGAACGUGAGUUUGAGAUGUGGGCGCCCGACUUCUAUGUGGUCACCUACACGGGAGACAAGGAGAGCCGCUCUGUCAUCCGCGAGAAUGAGUUCUCCUUUGAGGACAAUGCCAUUCGGAGUGGGAAGAAGGUGUUCCGCAUGAAGAAAGAAGUGCAGAUCAAGUUCCAUGUCCUGCUGACCUCCUACGAGCUUAUCACCAUUGACCAGGCCAUCCUGGGCUCCAUCGAGUGGGCCUGUCUCGUGGUGGACGAGGCCCACCGGCUCAAGAACAACCAGUCCAAGUUCUUUAGGGUCCUGAACAGCUACAAGAUCGAUUACAAGCUGCUGCUUACGGGGACCCCCCUUCAGAAUAACCUGGAGGAACUGUUCCAUCUCCUCAACUUCCUGACUCCAGAGAGGUUCAACAACCUGGAGGGCUUCCUGGAAGAGUUUGCUGACAUCUCCAAGGAAGACCAGAUCAAGAAGCUGCAUGACCUGCUGGGGCCACACAUGCUCAGGCGGCUCAAGGCUGACGUGUUCAAGAACAUGCCGGCCAAGACCGAGCUCAUUGUCCGUGUAGAGCUCAGCCAGAUGCAAAAGAAGUACUACAAGUUCAUCCUCACACGGAACUUCGAGGCACUGAACUCCAAGGGGGGUGGGAACCAGGUGUCACUACUCAACAUCAUGAUGGACCUGAAGAAGUGCUGCAACCACCCCUAUCUCUUCCCUGUGGCCGCCGUGGAGGCCCCUGUCUUGCCUAACGGCUCCUACGACGGCAGCUCCCUGGUCAAGUCCUCGGGGAAGCUCAUGCUGCUGCAGAAGAUGCUGAAGAAGCUGCGUGACGAGGGGCACCGUGUGCUCAUCUUCUCCCAGAUGACCAAGAUGCUGGACCUCCUGGAGGAUUUUCUGGAGUACGAAGGCUACAAGUAUGAGCGGAUUGAUGGUGGCAUCACCGGGGGCCUCAGGCAGGAGGCCAUCGACAGGUUCAACGCCCCCGGGGCGCAGCAGUUCUGCUUUCUCCUCUCCACCCGGGCGGGCGGCCUGGGCAUCAACCUGGCCACUGCAGACACGGUCAUCAUCUAUGACUCGGACUGGAACCCGCACAACGACAUCCAGGCCUUCAGCCGUGCCCACCGCAUCGGGCAGAACAAGAAGGUGAUGAUCUACCGCUUCGUGACGCGGGCCUCGGUAGAGGAGCGCAUCACGCAGGUGGCCAAGCGCAAGAUGAUGCUCACACACCUCGUGGUGCGGCCCGGCCUGGGCUCCAAGUCGGGCUCCAUGACCAAGCAGGAGCUGGAUGACAUCCUCAAGUUCGGCACGGAGGAGCUCUUCAAGGAUGACGUGGAGGGCAUGAUGUCACAGGUCCAGAGGCCUGCCACACCCAUCCCUGAUGUCCAGUCCUCCAAAGGGGGUGCCCUGGCCGCCAGCGCAAAGAAGAAGCAUGGGAGCACCCCGCCAGGUGACAACAAGGACGUGGAGGACAGCAGUGUGAUACACUAUGACGAUGCGGCCAUCUCUAAGCUGCUGGACAGGAACCAGGAUGCCACAGACGACACGGAGCUGCAGAACAUGAAUGAGUACCUGAGUUCCUUCAAGGUGGCGCAGUACGUGGUGCGCGAGGAGGACGGUGUGGAGGAGGUGGAGCGUGAGAUCAUCAAGCAGGAGGAGAAUGUGGACCCCGACUACUGGGAGAAGCUGCUCCGGCACCACUACGAGCAGCAGCAGGAGGACCUGGCCCGGAACCUGGGCAAGGGCAAGCGGAUCCGCAAGCAGGUCAACUACAAUGACGCCUCCCAGGAGGACCAGGAGUGGCAGGAUGAGCUGUCCGAUAACCAGUCUGAAUAUUCCAUCGGUUCUGAGGAUGAGGAUGAGGACUUUGAGGAGCGGCCGGAAGGGCAGAGUGGACGGCGGCAAUCCAGGAGGCAGCUGAAGAGUGACAGGGAUAAGCCCCUGCCACCUCUUCUUGCUCGAGUUGGGGGCAACAUCGAGGUGUUGGGCUUCAAUGCCCGGCAGCGGAAAGCCUUUUUGAACGCCAUCAUGCGCUGGGGCAUGCCCCCCCAGGACGCCUUCAACUCCCAUUGGCUGGUGCGGGACCUUCGCGGGAAGAGUGAAAAGGAGUUUAGAGCCUAUGUGUCCCUCUUCAUGCGGCACCUGUGUGAGCCGGGGGCGGAUGGCGCGGAGACCUUCGCGGAUGGUGUGCCCCGGGAGGGCCUCUCCAGGCAGCACGUGCUCACCCGCAUCGGGGUCAUGUCUCUAGUUAGGAAGAAGGUUCAAGAGUUUGAGCACGUCAACGGGAAGUACAGCACCCCAGACCUGAUCCCCGAGGGGCCUGAGGGCAAGAAGCCUGGCGAGGUCAUCUCCUCUGACCCCAACACACCGGUGCCUGCCAGCCCUGCCCACCUCCCGCCAGCCCCGCUGGGCCUGCCAGACAAAAUGGAAGCCCAUCUGGGCUACAUGGAUGAGAAGGAGCUGGGGGUGCAGAAGCCAAAGAAGCUGCUGGAAGGACAGGCCCUGCCAACUUCCCUGGACAGAGCAGAGGGUGAGGAAAAGCAUGAGAGCUUGGUCAGCAAGGAGAGAGCCCGAGAGGAGCAGCCAGAGGAGGCUGACAAGGCCCAACCCUCCCCGGAGCAGCUGCCGAAAGAGGAAGUGCUUCCCGAGAAGGAGAAGAUUCUGGACAAGCUGGAGCUGAGCUUGAUCCACAGCAGAGGGGACAGUGGCGAUCUCAGGCCAGAUGACACCAAGGCUGAGGAGAAGGAGUCCAUCGACACACAGCAGAAUGGGGACAAAGAGGAACAUGAGGAGGAGCAGAAGGAAGACAAGCAUGGAAAGUUCAAAUUCAUGUUCAACAUUGCGGAUGGGGGCUUCACAGAGCUGCACACGCUGUGGCAGAAUGAGGAGCGGGCCGCUGUGUCCUCGGGGAAGGUCUACGACAUUUGGCACCGGCGCCAUGACUACUGGCUGCUGGCGGGCAUCGUGACGCACGGCUAUGCUCGCUGGCAGGACAUCCAGAAUGACCCGAGAUACAUGAUCCUCAACGAGCCUUUCAAGUCCGAGAUCCACAAGGGCAACUACCUGGAGAUGAAGAACAAGUUCCUGGCCCGCAGGUUCAAGCUGCUGGAGCAGGCACUGGUCAUCGAGGAGCAGCUCAGGAGGGCGGCGUACCUCAAUAUGACCCAGGACCCCAACCACCCGGCCAUGGCCCUCAAUGCCCGCCUCGCAGAGGUGGAGUGCCUUGCGGAGAGCCACCAGCACCUGUCCAAGGAGUCCCUUGCUGGGAACAAGCCUGCCAAUGCCGUCCUACACAAGGUCCUGAACCAGUUGGAGGAACUGCUGAGUGACAUGAAGGCUGAUGUGACCCGCCUGCCCUCCAUGCUCUCACGCAUACCCCCGGUGGCCGCCCGCCUGCAGAUGUCUGAACGUAGCAUCCUGAGCCGCCUGACCAACCGGGCCGGCGACCCUACCAUCCAGCAGAUAUCUAGCUGUCCCCGAGACUUCCCUCUGUCGCAGCGCUCAUUUCCAGCUGAGCAUGCUUGCCGGGCCAGCUGCCCGACGCCCACAGGAGAGAAAAGCUGCCGCCUUUUUAGGAGCCAGUGCCACCUUGGGACAAAAAGGGAAGCCAAGUAAUGCCAUCAUGUGGAGGACGAGGCCCAGCCCGCUGGGCAGAGCCCAGGAGUGCCACCUCAUCACGGUUCAAGUGUUCUUCCAGUGUCACCCAAGCCACGCAGGACGUGCCCCUUACCACCGUUUCCAGAAUGACUUCUUAGAAGAGAUUUCAUUUAUUUGUACAUCUUUUGCACUUUCCUAUUGAAGACUUGAACGCAUUUGUCUUGAUAAAAGUUGGAUGAUGUGUGGAAGAUUCUAAUCCUACAGCACUUAACGUCUCUUUACCAACGGGCUCUGGACCAGAAGGGAAGCUCUCUGGAAGGCCCGGUGCUGUCUGUGGACUUGGCCCAGCUAGGGAGGAUGCAGUGUGGGUACCCCGGGAGUCCUCAGAGUGCCCUUGCCCCAUCCUGUCUGUACCUGUGUGAUGCGAUGGCCCUAGCACCAGGCAGGUCAGGUUUCUGGGGCAGCUGUGCAACCCAAUUGUGGAGACCCUGGCUGAUCCCAGGGCAGGGCAGGGCUGGAGACCACCAGAGAUUUGCUAUUUCUUGCAGGGAGGGGACUCCUCUGUUAGCAGGUAUCUGUCUCUGGUGCAGUGUAUCUCAAAGGCCCUGGACUCUGUAGUUGCCAGUGGAGCACCUGUGGGCCCAGCUGCUUGUGGCUGGUGGAGAUGUGUGCUCCAGGGAGGAAGGAGAGGACCAGCUUGUCUCAGAGCCACUAAAGGAAGGGGUUUCGGGUCUACCAUCUGCCAGGAAUGUGGCCUUGGGGUGAUAAUAUUCCUGAAAGGAAGGUUAUAGACACUGAGGUGGCCCCAGAGACCCUGGUCUGGCCCUGUGCCCUGGGAGCCUGCCCCAGCCACCUCUGGGUAGGCUUCCUGUACACAUUUCCCUGGGCCACAGACACCGGGGGAGGAGCCUGGACUUAUCUCUGUUCUGUCUCUGGCAAGGCCUUCACUGGGACAUUAGCUGCUUGAGGCAGGGACCCCUCAAGGGACCCCAGCUACCCUUGCUGAGUCUCAGAGGGCUGUGCUUGGAGGUGGAGAUUGGGCCACUGGCCCCUGUAGUCCUCUGCCCUCUCCCAUUGGAGCAUUCAGGGCUUCCUGCCUUGUGUCUCGGACUAUCUUUCCACAUGUCCCUUGUCCACUGUCACAAUUCCUAUCCCUCCCCUGCCCUAGCAGGAGGUACAAUGUAGGGGAAGGGAGGGAGGAGUGGGUGGGGCUGUGGGCCUGUGUCUGGUCCUCCCUGACCCCAGGUCAGCCCAAAGGAGGCAUCCAGUGGAGGUGCCCCAGGAUCGUGGUCCUGGAAGGGGAAGGAAGGGGCUCUGUGAGAAGCCAGCUGGGCCUGGGGGUGGAGGCACCUGGGGGCCCGAAGGAUAUAUAGCAUAUCUGGGCCUGCCCGAGGACUGCAGGGUGGUCAAGGCUGGGGCUAGGACUGUCUGCUUGUCUUGUGGACACUUGGGCAAUUACCUGGCCCUCACUGAGCCCUGUAUGUCCUCAUCUAGUGUGGCUAUCUGAACCCUGGAGGGCCGGGCCCCCAAGACUCCUCUGUCUUUAUGUCCCCACAUUUGGUCUUGGUCUAGAGUCCCGAGGCCGGCCUGACCCGGUGCUGUGGGGGUCAGAGAGGGAGAAUCCUGAGGUGGAGAGGGGAAGACUGUUAGAGGGCUCGGGUGUAGCACAGACUUCCAUGACACACGUGUCAUGGCGGCUGUGGCCAUUCCAGCCCCUGGUGGUUUAUCCACUCAUGUCCUCUGGCCAGUGCCCCCCUGGAAAGGCUUCUGGCUUAGGCUACAGGGCAGCUUGGAAUGCCCUCAUCUCCCAACAGGUGGUGGUAGCUCUGCGUCUGCCGUGCUUCACCCCAGGAAGCUUUACUCUGUCCCUCUCUCUCUUGGUUCCUUCCCAGGCCUUGCCUGGGGUUCCCUUCUCUGCCAUGCUGGAGUCAGGCGCCCACGAACAACCUGGCUCAAGCUCCUGCAGGUCUGCUCCCCCACUGCUGCCUGGUCCUGGGAAGGGCCAUGCUAUGGGUGACUGGUACCCAGGAGGCCAGGAGGGAGAGGCCUCCAAGAGUUGGGGAGCAGGUUUCUGGCUGAGUGGUUUUGGAGAGGAGAAAGGAUUGUAAGAAUGUUUCUUUUUUGGCUUGUCAGUUGUUUCCUGCCCAAAGUGGUGAUGGGGGCAGGGGAAGUGUCCGUGUCUUGAGGUCUGCAGGCUGGGUUUGGUUUUGCUGCUGGCAGAAUUAGGGUCUUGUGCACAGUGUGACCCUGUGUGCCAGCUGCGUGUUUAUGUUCCCAGCCACUUUAUGAUUUAAACCAGUGCUGAGUAAAUUGGGUUUCUGUUGAACCACCUUUUGCUCAGUGGGCUCUCAGAUGACAUGGUGAGUUUUGGUUGCAGCAGUGACAUCUGGAGGGCUUCCUUCUC